UGACGACAAGGAAUUUUGCGACGAAAUCCGACGCAGCUCGCCCUCCAGGCCUCUGAUCAUGUGCAGACUUUGUAUGAGAAUCCGCUGAAGCGCUACGAUUCCGUAGACAUUAAUUUCGCCCCCGCAAAUGAUAGCUUCGCAGAGACCUCGCCUGCUGCGUCUCCUGGCUCCACGUUGCUACUAUGCCUGAGACCGCGUCGCCCGACAACGUGCUGCCUUCCUCGAACUCCGAUGCCCCUAAGCUCGAAGAUGACGCGCCGCUGCUGCGAUCAGACGGCCAUGACGCGUUGAAUGGGACAACAAAUGGCGCUGACGGCGCUGGGGAAGCCGAGCGAGAAACGACGCCCAAGACUAACGGCCACGUCCACGACUCUCCGAAUGGCCACACCCCCGACGAUGAGCCACCAGCCAAGCGACGCCGCACUCGAGAUACGACCCCUCCGGGCUCUGCAAAAAAGAUAAAACCCGAGUCACCACCAUGGAAAAGGAUUGCCGCCGAGGGUCCUACCUCCUUUACGCAGAACGGUCGGCGCAAAUCUGGCCGCAUCAACACUCUCCCCGUCGAGCUCGCACCUCCAAGCAGAAAGCGGGUGACAAGACGAUCUAUCAACGGAAACGGCCCCAGUCCGGCGAAGCCUGAAGCUCAGGUGCCUAAUGGAAACUCGAAGAAGCUGCCGAAUGGCUCGCACAAGUCUACUUCCGCCACCAAAACCACACAAACGAAAACCACCUCCACUCCCACCCCGAAGACCGCAUCGAAGAAGCCUGCUCCAGAACCUCGAACUAAUUCCCGAUCUACCCGCCGAAGAAGCUCACCUCCUCCCCCACCGACCCGACAUUCGAUCCGGUCCCGACGAUCGGCGCGAUUCAGCGAUGUGGCUGAUGCGGAGGACGAGAAACCCAAAGACUCCAAAUAUGAUGCUACGACUCGUUCACCGCGAAUAAAACUAAGAGUUGGCCGAUCUGGUGAUAUCCCUCUCGUGCAUCCCGACCAGGUUCGCAAAAAGCCAAAGAUUGGGACGAGCUUCGAAGAUUUCUGGUCUCGCGCAGGCGACAUUCCUGUCGAGGAUGGAGGGUUACUCGCAUCCGAAGAUGGCCCCCAAUACACCGAUGAGAUGGCACAGAAAGAUGCCAGAAUGAUACUUCGGAUCGAGGAUGAGGUGGAAGCUGGAGGCCUUCUCUCCCAAGAGAGAUGCUCAGUCUUUUUACCCGAAGCAGAGGAGGAGCCUCCACGGCAGUGGGCUCGCCAGGAUCACUUGACCAAGGCUGUGACUAACUUCCGGAAACUCAUGGUCGCAGAGCAGCAGCGUCACCGAUUGACUGCUAAGAAGGUCGCGGAAGCAUGUCGCGACGAAUGGAUCCGGCGGCAACCAAAGUCGGCCGAACAACUCGAAAUCGAAGCAAGAGAAAUGUGGUCGAUCCGAUACCGGACAGUCGUGAAGACCAUCUUCGGUACCUGGGAAAACGUGCGAUUGGAAGUCAAUCGUCGGCGUAUGGAAGAGUGGGAGCAGGAGGAGCAAAGAAGAGUCAAGGCAGCCCUUAACGAGGCUGUUCAUCUCUCCGAGCAGAAACUUCAGGCUCGACAAGCAGAACUGGGCUCAGAACAGCUGUCUGACGAAGACGAUGGCUUUGACGACCUCACCGAUGAUGCCAGCUUGGCUGACGACGACGACGACGACGGACUGGGACUCGCAUCGAACGAGGAUGACGGCGACGACGAAGAGGAUGAAGACAGCGAUGUCAUGUCUUUGGACGAUGAUGAUGACGUCGACGAAGAUGAUGAUGAACAAAAAGACUCCGUGGAUGAGAAUUUGACUCAAGACCAGCUGCGAGCCAAGUAUGCCAACAUACCGGAGUUGGAAAAAGCACCGGAGGACAUCGACACGCCAGCAAACGAGACCGGCCGGGAAGAUACAGAUGCAGUUGAAGCCACCGAGGAUCCAGAGACGAGCGACGAGUCUGUUGACAUGGACGACGAUAUGGAAUCCACCGAUAUGGAUAGCGACCACGGUAACGAAGGUUCCGGCGAUGAUGAGUCUGAAGGAGAAUCUGAAGACGGUGCCGGCGGUUUGCUGGGAAUGUUCUUCGGAAAAUCAGAGCUCAAACAGAUGAACGAGGAAGCGGCAGCGGAAACCCCUGGCGCUCUUGGCGAAGACACAGAGAUGGCUGAUGUUGAUCCGGAUGUUACUCUCCUCUCCAAUGGCGCUGACGACGAUGAGGUUUCGCUGGUCCGCCAUCCUGACUCGGUGAAUGGUGACAUGGUACAAAGCGGCCAUGGUAGCCCUGAGGAGGUGAAGGACGAAGAGCCUACAGGUACUACAGAAUCACCCAACGACGCUCCGGCCCAAGACAAUGGAAACGAUCAACCACCUUCAGCCGAAGUUGUUGAGGAUGCUACCACAACUCCGACACCAGAUACCCCCGCGCUAGAUACCUCCACGCUAGACGCCUCCGCACCAGACGUCUCCGCAGCAGUUGCUACUGGGCCGGAGACCGCGCCAGAGACCACCGUACCGGAUGCUACUGUACCGGAUGCUGCCGCGCCAGAUGCUACUGCGCCAGAUGCUGUGGCGCUAGAUACCUCCGUGCUCGAUGUUUCCACCACCGAUACCAAGGACGAGGAUACCUCCAUGACCGGAAUCGAUGACCAACCCAAAGAGGACCGUGCUGCCCAACCCAUACCCUUUGCAACAUCUGAGAAAUUCCAAGCGACGAAGAGUGACCCGGUCACCAACCCACCGAGCUCGGACGAUAGCCUGUCGCCGCCUCCCACCGCGGAAACCAAGCUCUCCGACUUUGAUACCCCGUCUGAUACAGGGAUGGCCAUUGACAAACCCGAAGCGAGUAGGUCUGCUUCACCACAGUCAUCAAGACACAAGACCGAAGUCCCGUUCCUUCUUCGUGGCACUCUGCGAGAAUACCAGCGUGACGGGCUGGACUGGUUGGCCGGACUCUACGCAAACAACACCAACGGCAUCCUGGCGGACGAGAUGGGUCUCGGAAAGACCAUCCAAACCAUCGCUCUGCUGGCGCACUUGGCUUGCACCCAUGAAGUAUGGGGACCGCAUUUAGUUAUCGUCCCUACCAGUGUUAUGCUUAACUGGGAAAUGGAGUUCAAGAAGUGGUGUCCUGGGUUCAAGAUCUUGGCCUACUACGGUUCGCAGGAAGAACGGAAGAGAAAGCGCCAAGGUUGGAACAACGACGAUGUUUGGAACGUUUGCAUCACAUCGUAUCAGCUCGUACUGCAGGACCAACAGGUGUUCAAACGACGACGCUGGCAUUACAUGAUUCUCGAUGAAGCCCAUAACAUCAAGAACUUCAAAUCUCAGCGGUGGCAAACUCUUCUCGGAUUCAACACUCACUCUCGACUGUUACUUACUGGAACUCCUCUUCAAAACAACCUGACAGAACUUUGGUCUCUACUGUUCUUCCUCAUGCCGGCCGAGAAUGGAGUGGGAGGAUUUGCCGACUUGCAAGAGUUCCACGAUUGGUUCCACAAACCAGAGUCUCAGAUUCUAGAGAGUGGCAGAGAGCAGAUGGAUGAUGAAGCGCGAGCAAUCAUUUCUAAGCUCCACAAAGUCCUUCGACCAUAUCUGCUUCGACGACUGAAGGCCGACGUUGAGAAGCAGAUGCCUGGCAAGUACGAGCACGUGGAAUUUUGCCGACUCUCAAAACGCCAACGUGAGCUCUAUGAUGGGUUCCUGGGUCGAAAUGAUACCAAAGCAACUUUGGCGUCUGGAAACUACCUCUCCAUCAUUAAUUGUUUGAUGCAACUUCGAAAAGUCUGCAACCACCCCGACCUGUUUGUCGACCGACCGAUCAUGACCUCCUUCCGGAUGCAAAAGUCCGUCGCUUCAGAAUAUGACGUGAUUGACCAGACGGUUCGAAGAUCACUGCUUGCGCUGAAGCCCAUGAGCACGGUCGACUUGGGAUUCCUCAACCUCAUUCCAGCAAAGUAUGAGCAUCUAUCUACAGCCAAGACCGACCGUAUCGCUCAGUUGAGUUCCCACAGAGCUUUAAUGGAUCUUCGAGAGACCCAAAAGGUUCGUGCCCAACAGGCAUAUAUGCAUCUAGACCCGGCCACGAUCGAAUCGAAUAUUGCCUAUCUUGAGAGUGCAGCGCGCUGGGGCCGCUUUGAAGAGCUGCAACAUUGUGUCUACCUAAACGCUCUUCGCCGACAACAAAAACCUAUCUAUGGCAAGAACGUGGUGGAGCUUCUCACUCUUGGCACCGACAAGAGACCCUACAAGCCACGGCCAAAGGUACCCCGACAAAUCAUGGCUUGGUUUGAAGAGGAGUCGCCACUCAUCCAGUCUAUGAUACCCACCAUCGACCAACGCGCCGACAGCUACAAGACGCUCAUUGAGAAGUUUUCGUGCGUGACUCCAGCUGUUGUGACUCGUGACUUGGAACAAUUUGUUCUCGGUCGCCAGGGGGUGGAGGCGUUUACCGAUCAAGAUCUCAAGUUGUCUGCGCCUGUCCGAUGGGCUCCUUUCUUGCCCAAGGCUUCUCCGCCUGACCCUUGGCACGAAGCUCGGAUGCGGCUGAGCAUCCAGUUCCCCGACAAGCGACUGUUGCAAUACGACUGUGGAAAGCUUCAAAUUCUCGACAAGCUUCUGCGAAAGCUCCAGACUGGUGGGCAUCGUGCCCUCAUCUUUACACAGAUGACCAAGGUUCUGGACGUUUUGGAACGAUUUCUGAAUAUUCACGGACACAAGUACCUCCGAUUGGACGGUGCUACCAAGGUCGAACAACGACAAAUCCUGACCGACCGAUUCAACCAUGACCCGCGAAUCCUUUGCUUCAUCUUAUCGACGCGUUCUGGCGGUCUCGGAAUCAACCUUACUGGUGCCGACACGGUCAUUUUCUACGACCAGGAUUGGAACCCUGCGAUGGAUAAGCAGUGCCAAGAUCGAUGCCAUCGUAUCGGACAGACUCGCGAUGUGCACAUCUAUCGACUCAUUAGCGAACACACUAUCGAGGCCAAUAUCCUGCGGAAGGCAUCUCAGAAGCAGAUGCUGGAUGACGUGGUGAUCCAGGAGGGUGAAUUCACAACCGACCACUUCAAUAAGGUUUCUAUCAGGGAUGUCUUGGGUGACAAGGUUGACUCGACAAGCGAGGGCGUUAACGCCGCAGACGCCGCUUUGGAUCGAGUGCUUGGCGGCCCCAGUAGCAAUUCUGAUCGGACGGUCGGUCGCGUACUUGAGCAGGCUGAAGACCGCGAGGAUGUGACGGCUGCGCGCAUGGCAGAGAAGGAAAUCCAAGCCGAUGACGAGGAUUUCACAGAGAAGCCCAGCAACAAUGCCUCUGGCACCUCGACGGCCCGCCAAGGAACACCAGCCAGCAAGUCUGUCUUGGAAGGAGGCCUGGAUGAACCAGAUGUCAUCCUUGCCGAGGAGCAAGAAAUGGAGUACAACGCAUGGGGUGAUCGGAUGCAAAACGUCGACGAUUACAUGCUCCGUAUCAUGGCGGAGCAGCUCAAGGGCACCAAGCUGGAACUGCCCAAAGACAAGAAAAAGGGGAAGAAAAAGGGCAAAGACACACGCAAGAGAUGAUUAACGGCUACCCCAGGGAGCCACUGUAUACAAGGUUAAUAAUGGCGACGGUCGCGUGGCAGCUGUUCGCGACAUUUGUACACUAGCACUGGGUAUGGGCGAGGCGAAGUCCAUGCGAAAAAAAAGGUAAAUGAUAGAAAUGGCGGGUGUAACGGGCAUUGGGUUUAGUAGAUGCAUUGGGGUUACGACGGAAGGCUUUCAAGACAAUGCUUGUCAAUUCAUAUACAUAAAUACUAUUGCAUACACCGGGCUUCCAGCC